AUGGCAGGAAGAGGUGUACCCAUGAUGCAACCACAAAUUAUUUUACUUAAAGAAGGCACAGAUGCUUCACAAGGACGUGGUCAACUUUUAUCAAAUAUUAAUGCAUGCUUAGCAGUAGUUGACACUAUAAGAACUACCCUUGGUCCAAGAGGAAUGGAUAAAUUAAUUGUUGACGAGAAAGGUGAAGUAACAAUUUCAAAUGAUGGUGCUACUAUAAUGAAACUUCUUGAUAUUGUUCAUCCUGCUGCAAAAACUUUAGUUGACAUUGCAAGAUCACAGGACGCAGAAGUUGGCGAUGGAACAACUAGUGUAGUGAUUAUUGCUGGUGAAUUGUUGAAAGAAGUUAAAGGUUAUAUUGAAGAAGGUGUCAGUCCUCAUGUUAUCAUUAAAGGUUAUAGAAAAGCUGCUCAAUUGGCCAUUAAUAAAGUUAAAGAAAUUGCAGUAAAAGUUGAAAGAACUAAUAAAGAUGAUUUCCGUGAUUUACUUUUGAAAUGUGCUGGAACAGCCAUGUCUUCAAAGUUGAUUCAUUCGCAUAAAGAUUUUUUUGCCAAUAUGGUUGUUGAUGCUGUAUUGAUAUUAGAUCAAGAAGAUUUGGAUGAAAAAUUAAUUGGUAAAAAAAGAGUUCCAGCAGAAAAAGAUAAUGCCGAAGUUCGUAUUGACGACGUUAAUGUAUCUAUUGUUGAUGCAGAAUGGUCAAUAAUAUAUUCAAAACUUGACUCUAUUGUUAAUAGUGGUGCAAAGGUUGUUCUGUCUAAACUUCCUAUUGGUGAUUUGGCCACUCAAUAUUUUGCCGAUAGAGAUAUUUUUUGCGCAGGUCGUGUACCUACUGAAGAUCUUAAUCGUGUUGUUAGUGCUGUUGGUGGUACUAUCCAAUCAACUUGUUCUGAUAUUCAAGAACAACAUUUGGGUACAUGUGAAUCUUUUGAAGAGAAACAAAUUGGCGGUGAAAGAUAUAAUUUGUUUAAAGGUUGUCCUGCUGCAAAAACAUGUACGUUGAUUUUGAGAGGUGGUGCCGAACAAUUUAUUGCCGAGGUUGAAAGAAGUUUACAUGAUGCUAUCAUGAUAGUAAAACGUGCCAUUAAAAAUAACUUGGUGGUUGCUGGUGGUGGUGCAACAGAGAUGGAAUUGUCAAAAUUCCUUCGUGAACAUUCUAGAACGAUAGAAGGUAAACAACAAUUGAUUAUAGGAGCAUUCGCUCGUGCAUUAGAGGUGAUUCCUCGUCAAUUAUGUGAUAAUGCUGGGUUCGAUGCAACAGACAUUUUAAAUAAUUUAAGAAUGAAACAUGCUCAUGCUUUUGUUUGGGAACCGGCACUUGUAAAAACAAAUGCUAUCGCCGCUGCAACAGAAGCUGCUUGUUUGAUCUUAAGUGUUGACGAGACUGUAAAAAAUCCACAAUCUGAAAAACCUGAUGCAGGUCCUCAAAUGCCUAGAGGCGGUGCAUCAAGAGCUUUUAGAGGUCGUGGUAGAGGUGUUCCACGUCGAUAA